GCUGUUGCGCAGAGUUUAACACAUCUCUGGCGCAUAUGUCAGUAGAUCGUGGCGUAAACAGUUUGUGGACAGUGGGUGUACUUUUUGUUUAUAUGAUAUUACCGCACUAUGUUUAUUAAGUUUAUGAUAAUUAUUUCAUUCUUGUGUGUUGGAUACGCCAGGAUACAUAAGCUGGAAAUCAAGAAUGAUGCCCGAAAAUACAUUGCUCUUAGCACGUUUGGUUUUUACAAACGUGGAAUAUUAGAUGUGAAACUUACAGACUUCCAUGCACAUCCUUUUGAUGAAAAUGCUGUUUUUGGAUUCAGUCUGGAUCGGACAUUAAGUGAUGCUAUGAAUCCAUAUUUGGAUAGCCAUCAGGAUGGUUGUCUCCUACAACACCCUCCAAAUGAGGACUCCACAGGAGCUGUUAUUUAUUUUAUAAUGGACCUACAAAAUCAAAAGUUACGUGUGAACUGCAGUGGUGAAAUGCAGAAUCUUAGAAUUUACAAGAAUCGGAAUGACAUGCCUCCUGCAAUGAGACCCAAGAGAGAAUUUGGUAUAUCGCCACUUACACAUACAACACUUUUUAAUCAGAGAACAAGACGCGGCAUACCUCGGCAUGAUAAACAAGCAGCUAGUACACCAUCUGGAGGUUGUGUUCAGCAGAGCUUCAACUUGACUGUUCAGACUCGGGAGAAUGAGAAUUACUACAAUGCUAAUUUUUCUAUGCGUGUGACCAGUGAGAGUGAUGAAGGAUUGUACAAUCUGUACUUUCAUAACUGUGCAAACUACAAGGAAGGUACAAAAGUGAGCUUAGAUUUCACAAUAUCCAUAGAAGAAAAUAAUGAUGGUAACUACUUAUCAGCAGGAGAAAUGCCACUUCCAGCAUUAUAUUUCACAAUGGCUUUAUUGUUUUUCUUGUCUGGAUGCUUUUGGGUUUUCAUUUUGAGGAAAAGCAAGCAUCCAGUCUUCAAGAUACAUUAUCUGAUGGCUAUUCUUGUGUACUUAAAAUCAUUAUCCCUAAUGUUCCAUGGGAUAAAUUAUCACUUCAUACAGACAAAAGGUGAACAUAUUGCAGCUUGGGCAAUACUAUACUACAUUGCUCAUUUACUGAAGGGUGCAGUUUUGUUCAUAACAAUUGUUCUUGUUGGAACAGGGUGGACAUUUAUCAAACAUAUUUUGUCAGAGAAGGACAAGAAAAUAUUCAUGAUUGUUAUUCCUUUGCAGGUCCUAGCAAAUGUAGCUGAGAUAAUUAUUGAUGAAUCAGAAGAAGGAGCAGUAGAACAUAGAAUAUGGAGAGUUGUGUUUAUACUUGAUCUCCUUUGCUGCGGAGCAAUUCUGUUUCCAGUCGUAUGGUCUAUUAGGCACCUACAGGAAGCAUCUCAUACUGAUGGAAAGGCAGCAAUAAAUUUGCGCAAAUUGAAGCUUUUUCGUCAUUUUUAUAUAAUGAUUGUGUGCUAUAUUUACUUCACCAGGGUUAUUGUGUAUUUAUUGAAGAUAACAGUACCAUUUCAGUAUGAGUGGUUAGAUGAAAUGUUCAGAGAAAUGGCUACAUAUGUGUUCUUUGUACUCACUGGAUAUAAAUUCCGGCCUGCAUCAGCAAAUCCCUACUUUCAAGCAAAUACAGAUGAUGACGACGAUGAAGAAAUGGACGUUGUGAUUAGUCAAUCAGGCCUUACCGAAGGACUCACAAAGAUUGCACGCUCCUCUAAGCAACACCCAGUUGAAGAUGCAUCUGAAGAAGAGAAGGAUGCCCUCAUUGCUAAACGUGAAAGUAGUCAUGAAUAUGACUGACUGAAUCAUGGAAAUUCAGUGUAAUUUCCAAAGUUUUACACAUGUGGAAAGAAAGUAUGAACUGUGUACAUAUAAAUGGUUAAUUUAUUGACUGAUCACUUUAUUAAAAAAUACAUUUUGUAUCAAAAACUUUAAGUGGGCAAACAUGUUCCUUGUUCUGUUCAAGACACAAUGCCCCUCAAGAUCUCAACAGAGAAGCUCUUCUGGGUCAUAAUGCUGCAUAUUUUGUGUAAUCUGUGAAAUGUGGGAUACCAGAUAUUUACUUUAAAGUGUCAUAAUGAAGUAAUACAACUGUAUUAUUAUGGUGAUACAUCAUCUUUGAUGUGUUAAUCAUUGUCCCUUGCGUAACUGUAUUCAGUGACUGUGCAGAUGCAGUAUUGUUAAAUUUUGAUGAAUUAAUGUUUAGUUUUGAAUUCUCCCUGUCAACUAAGAUGUGACUUCGUACUUUGGUAAACACUGAUAUGAGGUAGUAUAUAUUGAUGGAUAAUCCAAGAUGUAUUGCAAAAUGAGGACAGAUAACUAAUUACUAAAUAGAAGAGUUGCUGAGUAGUGAACAGGCACAUAGAAUGUAUGGACAAUAUAUUGACAAGACAGUCUUCCUUCAGAACACACACACACACACACACACACACACACACACACACACACACUAAAAAGUGACAGGUUUACCAUACAUUUGUUAAGUGUUGAUACUUUACCUUUAAGUCUCCAUGGUGAAUUAAUUCCACAAGUAAAAAUCAAAGUGUGUAUGUACUCAUGAGAACUGUUAAUUAAUUAAGGUUCAGAUUAUUUUUGUCAGUUUGGAAUAUUAAAAAAGAAAACUUAUCUUCGUGAGGAGCUAUGGUCUUCAAGCUGCUAUUUUGGAGUAAGCACCAGCAAAUACAUAUAUGACAUUGAAUAGAGUAGUACAUUGUAGUAUUCAGUACGACUUUAUAGACAUUUACAAGCUCCCUGACAAAAGGAAGCCUUUGCUGAUACAUCAGUUGCCAUUCUUCAGGACUGAAUUUACACGUUGGCACCUAUAACUAAAAUUUUUAGCUAUGGUAAAAAUAAAAUAUCAGUGUUUAUCAGUAAAUGGAAGCCACAAAUGUUUCAGCUGUCCUUUACUUGUAGAGCUUUAGUGUAUGAUAAGGAAAAGUGUAGCCCUAAAUGAAAAUAAAUGAGCUUUCAUUUCA